GGCUUAUCCUUUCUCUCUCGACUUUGUGCAGCAUUUAACGACUUUCUGUAUUUCUUGAGAUCUACGAACGAAGGAAGUCAUUGUCAUGUGUCAUUCCAGCAAAGAGCAUAUAGCUUAUGCGGUCUUUAUUUUUAUGUAAACAGGCAGGCUAAGGGGUUGGACUCCCCAUACACCCUAAAGUCAGAAGAUUAGCACAUGACUUGUCGCUGUGUUGAGUUGGGUGUACAACGUCUUAACCUUGUAAACUAACGUUGUCAGCUGACAGUUUUGUCAGUGUUAUUGAUAGUGUGAGGUCGCUUCAAUAUAUUGAAGUUUUGAUAAACUAGAAUUGUCAAUAAAUGUUGAACGGGUGCUGGUUCCUUUUAAAUUGAUUACGUAUACGUCCAUCACGUAACAAAGGACGUACCUGUACACUGAAACCGUGUUGCGAAAGUAAUGACACGUUUCAGAUAUGCUUCGAAUAAUCUGUCUGGCGUAAGGGCCACGCGUUUAAGUACCGUAAAACUUUUAAUCUCUCUGUAACUCUAUAAAAAGUACACAUACACUGUAGUAAACUGAGUAGAUUCAUUUGGCGGUAUCUGUUCAAAGCGACGAUAGACUGGGUUACGUAAAGAAUUUACGUCACUUAAGAAUCAAGAAUCUUUAUCAAGAUUUGCAAGUUAUUUUUGAGACAUGAGUUAUCAGUACUAUGAAAUCCCUGAUCAUGCUAUUGUUUAUAACAAAUUCAGACCAAGCACACCAAAGGAAAUAGCAGAAAAAAUUGUUGAUUAUCUGAAACAAGAGGUUACUGAUUUAGCUCUGGCUGUAGAUGUAGGCUGUGGUUCAGGUCAAAGUACCGAAGUACUGGCACCAUAUUUCCAAACAGUCAUUGGGAUUGAUCCAAGUGAAACUCAGAUUGUUGAAGCCCAAAAGAACAAUACCAUCCCAAACAUUGUUUACAGGGUGGGCUCAGCAGAGAAAAUAACAAGUCCAUCUGGUAGUGUUCAACUUGUAACAGCAGGACAGUCAUGUCACUGGUUUGAUAUGAAAAGGUUUUAUGCUGAAGUGGAGAGGCUCUUGGUACCUGGAGGAGUUCUAGCUAUAUAUGGAUACUUUUUGCCAAGACCACAUUUCCCAGGAAAAUCAGAAGACUUAUGCAGUGUUGUAGACAAGUUUUACAGUGAUGUUCUGGGGAAAUAUGUACUUCCAGAGAGUAAGAAAGUAUACAUUGACAAUUACAAAGGAGGUGAUUUUAUGCAUUUUCCAUUCACAAAACAACCAGUUAUAAGGGAUGAAUCUGUCACGACUGAAAUUGAUGCUACUGUUGCUGAUCUUGUGGGAUAUGUAAGCAGUUGGUCAGCAUUUCAGAAUUAUGUGAAACUGGAAGGAAAGACCCAGGGAACAAUGGUCCUUCAGAAAUUUGAAAAAGAGGCUAUGGAUAUUCUGAAUGCAACAUCUGCUCCUGCUGAAACAAGAAUAACCAUAAAAUAUAAAUAUUUUCUUAUUAUGGGAAGAAAAUGAACAAUUUCAUAGGAAUUGUAGCUUUUGUAUCCUACUGUGUGCCAAAUAAAAUGAUACAAUAAGUGUUGAAAAAAUUGGAUGUGGUUGUUGUUUGUACCCAUUGUGUAACUGAAUUCAAUAAAAUUUCACCAUAUUGUGAUAUUACUUUAUGGAAA